AUGGCGGCGCGCUGUGACGACAUACCUGCGCCUCGCGUGGACGAAGCAGAGCGUCUUUCUCGCGCGGAGUUUUGCGCUGAUCAUGUUAUCGGAAAUAUUGGUGAAAUGAGUCAAUUCACCGAUUGGGUGGCAGUGAUAAAGCCUGUAGUAGUAGUGCCAACCGGCUCAUUCGUCAAGAUAGAAUAUUUAGACAUAUGCAAAGCCAUUUUGAGCAGUGAGAAUGAAUUGAUCGAUGUGGAUGGACCUUACCAUGCCUUCUACGGGAAUUUCGCGGUUCUCGCCGCGGAAUACCUGAGCAGCUUUGUUUCUGAGUUGUCGCACUCGGAAUUGCCCCUCGUGACGCAAGCUUGUAAAGUUUUGCUGAAAUGCCUUGUGACUUGGCUGGCACAAACAGAAGAUGGGUCUUGCGGUGGUCGUCCGGUGGAGUCAGCGUCUCAGGAGAGCUACUCGCCGGCGACAGCGAUUUCGACAUCUGGAAGGUUCGCCACGGUCUCGCCGAACGAAAUACUUCUGGCUCUAGAAGCGUUGUGCUCAGGAAACAACACUUUUUCGCAUUCGACGCAGCUAGCUUUGGUGGCUGCCCUGAAGAGUGCGAAGGCUCCUCCUUGCCUCAAGAGUGGGAAUAUUGGUGCGAAGGAAAGUCCCACUUCUCAGCCGAGGAGGGCGCCUCGUUCCGACCCUGCUUCUGCCAUAUCAGAUAAUCUUAGUCAACCGAUUCACGUUACUGAAACGCAAUUCUCUGGUUUCGAAGCGGGGAUUCUGGGAAAAAUUUCGUCCUGCUCGGCUCAGUCAAGUGGAGGCUAUGAGCGGGACUUGGAACGCGAUGGAAGUCGUUUUGGGGCACGCAGCUCUGUUACGCCUAAGGCGUUGUUCAUCUCAGGAAACCAAAGUAAUUUCAGGGCGUUGAGGAUGAGUGAGUCGUUGCUGCGGUUCUGUUUGAAUCUACCGUAUUUGUCGCGUUACGUUGCCAAAUGGAAAGAAGCCCAGUCCGCGAAUCAUUUGAUUGUUCCUUCAACGGUUCCAGAGGCUUUAUCCAUUCGGUCGAGUUUUUCAUUUUUGGCCUCGGACGUUCAACUCGUGUCUCAAGUAUUGUCCCUGCCAGUGAUAGAACCUCUUUCCGAGGAUCGUCUCGUUAUCGUGACAGACAUAUCUAUGUCGUGUUUGGUGGCUCUGGUUUGUGCCGCAGCUGCUCAUGGAAUUCUGACGUUGAUGGCUUCGCCCACCGGGAACCAGUCGGCCUCGUCUGUUGGAGUAUCCUCGAAAGCUUCGAGUGACGAUGCAGCAGUUCCUCCUGCCGGGUCUGCUGCCCCGGCAACAUCAGAUUCACUCUCAGACCUCGUUGUGACAACUCAGGAAAUCGUUGGAAAUGUGUUUCAGGCUGUUCGGAACUCGACCCGUACUGGGGGAAAGUAUUACCAAAAUUUGCAAUUAAUGGCCUGCUGGCUUUGCUUGAAUGGAGUCCAAAUGGCUUGCAACGUUAUUGGAGGCCAGAAAACUGCAGACAGGCCUAAUUCUGGAACCGAAGAGGAUAAACGUGGAAGUUCACGUCAUCGGUUGCCAUCAAGUGAAUAUAGUCCUUUCAAGACGCAAACGACUUCGGGAAGUGCUCCCAAAGUCAAUUUAAUGAAAGUUCAACAAGGAUUUAUGCCCCUACUCGUGAUACUUGCUUCGCAAGGCAUUGGGUUGCUGAAGAUGUUGCUGCUGGAUUUGCAAACCGAAGAACUCAAUAAUGGAAUGCAAGCGCGAUUGAAUCCAGCGCCGUUGAAUGUACUUGCCGAUGCUGGGGCGCUCACGAGGGUCCAUCAGAUUUUUGCGUCGCUGAACGUGAACCACUUCUUGUUCAAUCUAGUAUCAGUCGCCUAUCGCAAGGCGAAUUUCUUGAGGCGACAGCAAGUGUCAAAUGAUGGGGAUACCGUUUCGAUGGACUCAACAUCUUUUUACGACGACUACGUCUCGUGCUCUGACGAAAGCUCGCAAGAUGAUGACGAUAGUGGACCCCUCCUGGGUCAAUGGUUCGAAAAAACAAUGAAAUUACCUGACCAAGAUUUGAAGUCACUGGACUCGGCUCCUGAAGAAGAACGUGCUUCGAAGCGCACCGAGAACAUUCAGAAAAUGCUGCAGGAAAGUCCUGAUCCCCGUGAACCAAGAACCUAUAUUAAUCUUGCGACGACGGUGUUCAACUUCAUGAAUUCUUCGCUAAUUUGCCAUCCAUCCGUAUAUGUGCAAAAGAAUACGCGACAAGGCCUUGGUGACGGACUGAUGAUUGUUCUGGCUGCCAUUAUCAAAGAUCUAGACCGGGAGAUGUGUCGAACGGAAAGUUCUCCCAUUAGCAUGGGCUCAGAUUUGCUCGUGGCUUACGAAGAAUUUUCAAAAGCCCUUGCUGGAUACACUCACAACUUGAUCGCCAUCCCUGGGCUCCUCAGCUAUUCUUUGCAAGACUCCUUAUUGACUCAUCUUGGUGUGAAUCCGUCGACUGAGUCAGAAUGGCCAUUGCUGAUACUGCCUCGCUCGUUGAGUGUGCUGGCGCAGGUACUGCUGCUGAGGCAUAAACAAGGAAAAGAGGGAACUCUCGCUGCGGAUGGAAAGGCGUCGAGCUUGGGCGGGUCUCCCGUGUUGCCCUCUCCACCUGCAGUGGUUCCUGUAAAAGAAAACGUGACUUCUGGUACUGGGACAGAAUCAGCAGCCGCGACAGGCUGUGGAGGGACGGACUUAUUCGUGCUCAUGUGGGAGCGAGUACUCAACAGCCUGAUGCGUUACACGCUGUGCUUACCGAACUCGACCAGCGCAGGGAAUAACUUGAGCUCGUCACCAGGAGGGACGACUGUCUCGUCACCGCCGAUAUUCGAUGCGAAUGAGGUCGAAGACCUGAAUGUGGAACAUGCCCAGUUGUUGCUGUUUCUAUUUCACUCGAUACCACUGAUGCAGAAGAAAACUAUCCUGCUUUCAUGCGCCAAGUGUAUCAUGUCGUGCGUCCAAGGACUGGACUUCUCCGUAUUACUUCAAGACUCACAAAUCUUGCAUUUGUCGCGCCUCCUUCUGUUAUUCGAAUAUUUGAUGCGGCAUUUGUAUGAUGCGCCUGCUGCUUUAUUUGAUCAGGUUCAGAGAAACCUUUUUAGCUAUAAUACUCAAGUCAGAGGGACCAGUGUUGCGAGUGGAGAUGAUGUGGAAGGAAAAGCUGGGGAUGUUGAGAAAAUUCUUUCUGGAAAUUCCAAGAGUUACUUCAGAAUUGGAGAACUAGAGGAAAUUUAUUGGAAGAACUCAUCUCGAGAAAUGUGUAGCGAUACUUUGGGUAUCCGGCCAAGAUUUUAUAAUCUCGCACCAAUUGAGAUUGCAUCGAUCGACCAGCCAAAAGUUGACGGACUCGCCUGCAGCUUUAUCCUUUCCUCCCCCGACGUACUUCAGUAUGCGGAUUUGUAUGCGUCUCUGUUGAAGUUGUUGGGAUUAGGAUAUCAAGUUCCUCAUCCCUUGAAUACGACAAAUCCAAACCAACACCAGUCUUCGGCUUACAUGAUGGGACCGUCGCAUGCAGGUUCAACUGAUUCUAACUUAUCGUACACCGGAAUCUGCGGUGUGCAGUAUGAAUGCUUGGUGAAGCAAGGAUUGGUUGCACAAGCGGCAGAUUCGUUGAUCAAGUCCGUCGGCAAAGCAUGUUGUGGACUUCAACAUGAUGCACGGUGUACAGUAGCUGCCCACAAGGAUCUUGUAGAACGACGUUUUUUCAACGUGAAACCUGAUGUUCACGAGGAUUCUGAUGCAAUGUCGCCGGAUGAGGUGCCUUCAGGUUUUCAUCUACUGCCGUCUGACAAGCUUCUUCCGACGGCUCUUCUGCCCAAGGUUUACGACAUCGUUGUUGUGGAUUGCAUAUUGUCAAAACUCUAUACGUCGCUCGCUGACGGUCCGCAUGUAGCUGCGUCGACGGGUUCAACUCUGGCUUCAGUGCAUCAACAAGCGAACACGUCAUCACAAGCGGCCACUCCAAAUGUUGGACGACAAAUGUCUCCAUCAAGUGGUAUUACUACGACGCCAACUACUACUGCCAGGAGCUCAUCAAGUUCAUCAAUAGCGAUUCUAGAUAAUGAGUCACGAAUGUUGCUUCCUGGCCCACCUGCGGAAGAAGUCGAUGCUUUUCAGGUUGCGUUGGCUUUGGAAUUGUAUCCAGUCGUUCUAUCCUUAUUGGAAGGUGUCGUCAGUGCCAUCCGUUGGAAUAUUAUUCACCAAUUUGCGGAGGAAACCGCACGAACGCCGAUGUAUGAAUCGCAAGCUGCAUUGAACCGCUUGGGAACUGAUGCCCAGGAAUGUUACGGAUUGGCAAUAUCCUUGGCAUCAUCCAGGUUGACCAAGCUGUCGAAAAGUUCUGACAACUACCCGACGGAUGUCCUGAGUAGUGAAAUUAUGGACACGCUACCGGAUCCUUUGAAAAACUCGUUAGAGAAAUGGACCUCGACGAAGUGUGCCGCCAAAUUUCCUUCCAUCACGAAUUGGCCUACGCCGUUCCAGAAUGAAGUUAUCCCUUGCGAAGGAUUCGUCUGUGAAAUAUUGAAGGCCCAUUUGGGAACAAUUUCGCAGUCUGCUGGAAAAAUUGGCGGAAACGGUCCGCUCUGUCAUCACCUGAAACGACUUCUCGAUACUUUAAUUUACAUUUCAUCAUUCCUGUACUGGUGGGUUCCGAAAUCAGGCCCGUACCGGAACCAGAUCGUCGAUGCAGUGGUUCCGUUAGUUUUGGAUGCCGCAUGCGAAAGCUCUGGGGGUUAUGUCAUGUCUUUUAUCUCUCAAGCUCUUUCAAAGUCAGACUCCUCUGCUUGUCAAGAGCGUCUAUUUUGUCACGCUUUGAGGAUAAUGUGCAAGUUUUUGACCCUGGCUGAGAAAGAACCUUGCGUGAAAGACGGAGUGCUGCAGUGUUGCAUGAGGUUCUGUGAGGCGCUGUUGGACUGUAACACUGGGCGUCAAGCAUUAUUUCAAGUGCUGGCCUCUCCGUCAGCUCCUAAAGGGUCUCUCUCGGUUUUGCUAUUUUCAACAACUUCGGAAUCGCUUUCGUCACCGUAUGCGAUACGCGUCUUGAAAUUCUUCAAUAAACUAUUUCAGAAAGUUGAGAAAAAUUCGAAAGAGAAAAAGCUGUCGGCGCUGCGUUUGGCUGCUACGAAGCUCAAUGACAUUCCCUCUGCCAAGUGGGAACGUUGGCUGGAGAGAAUGAUUCUGGGACUUCCGGCUGCAUCGUCCCCAGGUGCCCAGCAGGCGGCAAUUCUUCCAUCCCCAGCGCCCGCGUCCAAGUCUACCCCUGCAGCUGCGGCGGCUGCCAAAGCGUCUGCAAGUUUUCUUUCCUCCGAAGACCAAGAAAGAAUUCAGGAGAAUCGCAGUUUGUUGGCCGCAUUGACGAAGUUCAUGGUUAAAGAAAACAGCCAAGUGAACAAGCAAGUUCCGGCGACAAUAUUGAGUGCUUUGUUGAAGUGCAGCACGCAGCUUCUAAGCCCACCGCACAAUGGAGCUGGUUUUGCCGAACUUGUUCCUAUAAUGGCUACUCUGGCUGCGGACGGUGACGGCAGUGGCCAUAUACUUCUUCUUCGAGCUGCAAUCCGCUGGCUCCAAAAAUGUCAAGUACCCAUGCACGCGUUUUUAGUGCGAGAACGCUUGCUAGCAAAAGAAGAAUCAGAUGCACUAAUCGAAGUUACCGGAGACACGGCUAAAUCCCCUGUUUUGGAGCCUUGCGUCGAAUUACUUAGUUACAUUACGGAAAUCGUCGGUGCUUUGAAGCUUAUAGCCGAGCGAGACGAAAUCCGAGCAUCUGGUGAAAAGCUGGCGAUAGGAUUUGGAGGUGGAUUCCAUUGGGAUUCUGAGUCAGAGUUCGCUGCCGUUGAUUUUGAGGAUGAAUUCGAAGAAGAAGAAAGCGACGAAUCGGACGACGAAUCCAUGACUUUGAAGCAAUGCACAUACGUAAGAACCGGGAAGCAAUACGAUAAUCAGCAUUGGUACCAUUGCCAUACGUGCGGAAUGGUUGACCGUGUCGGAGUUUGUUCAGUUUGCGCCAGAGUUUGUCACCGGGGUCAUGAUGUAACGUACUCAAAGUUUGGAAAUUUUUUCUGCGACUGCGGUGCGAAGGAAGAUGGCUCGUGCGAAGCUUUGCAAAAGCGAAGUCUCCAAGCGGCGAGUGCAAUUGACAAAGAAGACAAGGCUGGGUCAGAUGAAAACGUGGACACGUCGAUCCAGGCUGCGCCAAGAAGUCGACGAAUCACGUCCCCGCACCGGGAGAAAAGCCACAAACGUUGUUUCGAGGAUGCUAGGAAAGCAUUCCGCUCUUCUUUGGCAAAUCAGCUAGAAAAACACAAGGUUGCUCUUUGGAAUGUUGCCCGAGAAACUGGUUUAACGAAUAACGUUCUCGAACUGCUAAAAGCAUCGAAGAACGCUGUAGUUGCUCAUUGUUCUCGAAAUGAAGCGCUUGGUUCAACUGCACGACUGAGAGCCAUGAUGGUCGAUCUACACACUGCUCCAAAAACCUGCGAGAUGUGCGACAAUUUGACGGUACCAACGUAUGGCUCACAAGACAAUGCUUUCGAGAAUAUCCGGAUCAACUACUCGGGAGAUCAAGGCCAGACGAUGAGACAGUUGCUGAAUGCACAUGUUCUGCGAAGAGUGGCUAUGACCUGUAUGCGAGGAACUGGUCGUCGGCAAAGUCUCGUUGUGACACACGACAAGGGUAAGCUAUCGGUAAUGCUGUUGAACCAAGUAUUGAAACAAGCGGAUAGUUCAGCCAAGAAGCUUACGCUGACCAGAGUUACCUCGGCCACGGUGCCCUUCACGAUUUUGUCAGUUACCGCUAAUCCCUGCAAUGAAGACGUCCUGGCAGUAUCUGGACUGAAGGACUGUUACGUCUUGACGUUCAAUGGCAAUGGAGGCAAUGACUAUGAAACAGUCGUGCUUCAGCUACAGUUGGAAACCGGGAACUUCAUUAUCAAGACGAUCUGGCUGCCUGGGUCGCAAUCGCGACUCGUGAUAGUAACAACAGAUUUCGUGAAAAUUUAUGACUUGGCUAAAGAUGCCAUCAGUCCAGAAUACUACAUUUUGUUGCCUUGCGGCAAAAUACGAGACUGUACAUUUAUGUUUCCCGAGAGCGACGGGGAAAGUCGUCCGUCGAAUGGCUACAUCCUUUUGAUGACUGCGAGUGGAUUCAUCUAUACGCAAGAACUCGACGAGGAAGCAUCUGCCGUUCAUGGUCCAUUUUACGUGACUGAUGGAAUUGAUUUCAAUCAUCCAGACCUGACUGACAAAGCUGGCACGAUUGCUGGCGGCGGCGUGAGUGUGUACUACUCGCACACUCUCCAGAUGCUGUUCUUCAGCUUCUCGAAAGGGCUCAGCUUUGCUGCCCCGUUGACUAAAUUGGAUGAGGACAGUGAACUCACAACCCUGUUCAAAAUCAUAGCUCCUUAUUACAAUGGCUCGUCGACGAAUGCCCCGUCCCAGAACAACAAAACGGGCGCUGCGCCGCCGAGGAUUGAGCAGCAACCCUUAUGUCAGUGGGACGAACUGCCUGGUCACCCCGGGCUUGUUUCCGCUAUGACCCAGCUUUCUAACGUACCAGUGGUCAUCAUGAUGCAACCCAAAAGCAUUCUUGUUCAAGAGAUGAUUCGGCCCGCGGCGUGCAAGUCGAAAAUUCUUGACAUGGUUGCUGUGCGACAUGGAACGCCAGGAAAAGACUCGCGAACCGGUUAUGUUGUUUUGUUUGAGGACGGUAGCAUCCGUAUUCACAUGGCAAAUGCCGAAAAGACAAGCAUCUGGCAAACCACGGCUACACCGCAAGCUGGGAUUUUUUCGAAAAGCUUGAAGAAGAAGAAAUAUGGGCGCAGUGUGGGCAAGUCAUCCGGGGCGCGGCAUUUUGCGCCGGACUUUUUCGAACAUUGUCAAGUGAUCCCAGACUGUGAUUUUGGUGGGCAAGACUUGCUGUACAUCUACUCGUAUUCGCAGUUGAAGAGAAGGCUUUCUGAUCUAAAUCUGUUCAUUGGUGUUAACAAACAAGGAACGUUUGCAUUGACCGUAACAAACAAGGACCCGUCUAUGGUCAUAACCGGCGUUCGAAUUUCAGUCGGACAGCAGGAUCCACUCACGGCUCCAACAUCUGUCGACUUGUUCAAUCGCUCGCAUUCGUUGGUGUGCACGAAUCGUCGCUGGUUUGAUUUUCCGUUCACUCGAGAAGAGUCGCUCUUAUCCGACAAAACGGUCACAUUAACUUUUACGUCAUCCGAAGAUGGAACAAACGGGAUGACAAUUAUCGACGCUAUUCAGGUUUAUGGAAAAACCAAAGAAGCGUUAGGGUGGCCUGAAGACGCGGAAGAAAUGAUGUCACAGAUAAGCGGGGCGUCCAGUGGAAGUUCGGCGCAUUCUCUGGAAGCGAGUCAUUUGCAAACGUCGGGCUCGGCGAGUAAAGACAGCGUUGGCCUCGAGGCGGACGGUUCGACGUGUUUGUGGACUUCGGCCGCAUCCACGAUUUACCACAGUGGAUCCGUGUCGACCAUGGAUCGUCUCGCUGGAGCAAUUCUGGAGUCGAUCGAAUGUUGCGUGACAUUAUCAUCUGUGAACAGUGACAAAGUAUCAUCGGAGUUCUUGUCAGAUGCGCUGGUGUCGUGCUCGUAUCUGCUGCGAUACCCAUUAUCUGGCCCCGUGCAGCAGCUGAAUCGUCGUUUGAUGGCGUCCUUGCAUUGGAAUCGAGCCGGUUUCUUCAUGUUCCAUGAUGAAAUCUUGCUGCGUCACGUGCAGAACCAGCUGUCGCCUAAUUACUCCGAAGAAAUUGACAAGGAUGGUUUCUUCUCAUUGUUGAAUAUCGUUCGUUCGAUUGCACAAUCAAGGCCGCAAAAUUUGCUCUCGUUAACCGAAUCUGAUCGCAAAACUGGGUCAGUAGCACCGGAUGGCAUAUUGGGAUCUGGAAAUGAAGAACAGCAGUUAGUUACGAUGCACUUCGAUGACGAAGACGAGGAUGGCCCAGCGACCAUUGCUGGCUCGGCGGUUCCUCAAAAGGAUGCUGCUCGAGAAGUGGCUGGUUCUGAUGCCGCCAGUGAGCUUUCCAAAGAAUUGAUCAUCAGCUUUAAAGAUGAGGUACGGCCGGACUCAUCCGUUCCUGUCGUGGAGAACCCUUUGCUGCAGAAGUUGCUGGAUUCGUUUUGCAUGGUGAUGAAAUCGAGACCCGCGAAUCCACAUUGUGCGCCCCUCACAAAACCAGAUUUAUCCAAUCUGGAGUCCAUCGUCCAAGGACUCGUGAUUACUGUGCAUGCGUUGGCCUGUCAAGGCCCAGAAACCAUCGUGCCUCAAGCUUCUCGCAUUUAUGCCUAUUUGCUGCUGAACACGGACACUCAAAUAAGUUUUGCGACGAAAUCGACUUUGAUGAAGCUUCUUCGCACGCAUCCAAAACGGCCGAAAACGAAAAGCACGUCGUCGAAUCAUCCUGCGUCUACGGCGCCGCCGCCUGCACCGCCUCCACCUCCACCGCCGCCAGCGCCUGAGGGUGACGAGGAAGCUCGAGGAAACGCUUCAAACGUUCCAUCAAAUGGAACCCCUGCUUCUUCUGCUGCCGGUGGUAGGGAGAGGACGGAUCGGCGCAGAAUGUUGGAAAUGUUCUUGCGUGGCGCUGCUGGAGGGCCUGUAGUUGCUCUGAGGAAUCUGACAAACAGUGGGUAUAAUAUGAGAGCGAGAAAUGUUAGAUCAUCGUCUCCCUUGGAUCAAGAAGCUUUGGACAACGCGGAGGUUCAUUUCGCCCAAGUCCACAACAUGGAACCGAUGGCAUUGCUUGCCGCUGAAGGAGCUAAUUUGGAAGCUGUGCUGAACAAUAGUACCUUGCUGGGAUCGAUCCUUGAUUUACCUGCUGAUGAUGAUGAAGCCAUGGUUGAUCUUGCGAUAGCCCUGAGUUUGCAAGAGCAAGGUUCUACGGAGGGAGAAGACGGUACUGCUUCUGCUCAAAGACGAUCGAACACCAGCGCGGCGGGCAGCGAAUCAAACACUGCUGUUACCAGCACCAGUCGCCAGCUUCCUCCUUCCGGUCGUGGACGUGGUGCUCUGCUGCGUAGAGUUACCGGAGAACUGGAACGAGCUGUUGGAGCCAUUGGCGUAGCGGCUGCCGAGGCGCGAUCGUCAUCUAAUGCGCCGUUGCGGUGCAUGAGUUUUACGUUAGACAACCCUGCAUGCCGGUCUCCUGGAUAUCGAUAUUUGAGAGAAUAUCGUGGAAGAGAUGUUCAAAUGUCUGAUGCAGGAAACCUUGGCGAAAAUCAACCAUCGAACCCGUCGGGGCUCAUGGCAUCCUCGUCGCACUAUUCGGAUACCACUGCAUCUCCAGGGGCAUCAGAUGACGAGGAAGGAGAGCAUUGUUCGCAGUUCCCGUCGGUCCAGGAAGCAGCAAUUCUAGAAGGCCUGCUUGCGGAAGGCAGGGAAGCUCAUCAGGCCGCUGCAGCCGGUCAAACAAUGGUCCCGACAAGAACAAUUGUUUUCGCUGUUGGGACACGUGAUUCAGUAGCUGAGACCGAAGCACAAGGUGGGGAUCCACCUGAUCCAGAUGGUGAUGAUGAUCCGGAUCGUUGUUCCGGUGGAGGUGGUGGUCCUGGCAAAGGCGGCGACAAUGCGAAAGAUGCGAUGCACAAGCUGAGAGUGUCCCUGCUUCGUCAAUUUGUGCCACACAUCAAGGAAAUGAAGGCAAUUGGCGGAGUUCGAUCGGUUCCUUUUCUGCAGAUUUUACUGAUGCUGAUUUCGGAUUUGGACCCUGACCAUCCAGUUCGGAAGCCCAUGGAUCGUCAGGUUUUGGACGCAGUGUUGUCUGCACUCAUUGAAGAGCUGAAUAUUGGGAAUAAAAAUUAUGAAGCUUACCUGGAGAAAACCAGCCAACAUGAGGUUGAGCUUCUCAUAAUGAGACUUAUCAAUGUCGUCAUGUCAAAAUCCAAGACGUCGCAGGGCAAAACUGGUCAUGUUGAUGUACCGUCUGGAGUUUCCUAUAUCACUGCUGCUGCGCUGUUGAAAAGUGGCAUUUUAGAGCACUGUUUGGAUCUUCUGCGCACACUGUUGCUUAAAUACUGGAAACAUCAACCCAUCCCUGACGAGUCGAAUUCGAACGUUGCGCCAGCUCUGGGAAGCAUUUUGCUUAAAUGCCGGCCUUUUGCCAAUGCCGUGCCGGACAUGAACCCGUUCUUCUUGAAGAUGUAUGUGAAGGAGCACUCGCAUGAUGUGUUCGAAGAAUUGCCGCAGCUGCUGACCGAAAUGGCGGUCAGGUUGCCGCAUCAAAUGAAGAAAAUCAUGACGUCAUUGGCAGCGUCUGGUGGACCAACAGAUAGUAGGGUUGAGCUUAAGCCAGAGUGGUUUUAUCUGCCGUGUGAAUAUAUGGUGACAAAACAAGCCCACUUCGUCAAGCGACAGUUCAGAAAGCUUCUCAUGUCGUUUUGUGGACAGAAGGACAAAUACCGGCAACUUCGGGAUUACCAUUCGAUCCAAAUGCGUAUGGAGAAAGUUGAGAAAAUCUGCAUGUCUGGUGGACUGGAUUUUGAAGCGGAUUCACCUGCCUCCGCCAAUCUUGGAUACGACAACUUGAUCGAACUGAUCGAAAAUUUGAAGGAUUGCACCGACACUGCUAUGAGCCGCACGUCAAAUUGGCAACACUGCUGCGAGAACAAUCCGAAGUAUCUUCCUUUGCUCUUGAAAGCCAGUCUGUCGUUGGAUGAGGGCGUGGCGCCUAUAAUUUUGCAGCUUUUGCAAUGCGGCCUUGGAGGACCCAAAGUUGUAUCGGAGUUUGUUGCCGCAACGGCGACCAAUGAAGGAGCUAACGCUGUUCCUCCUACAUAUGCCGCUAUUGUGAGAGGAGCAACAACGAAGAAGGAUUCGAAGCCUGCACCGAAACCGGAAACAACGCCGGCUAUAGUAGUGUCAUCUGCUGAUGAUUUUUCAAAAGUUGAUCCCGUUGGGCAGCGAUUGGCAAAUAGCUUAAUGGAUCGAAUUCCUGCCCCUCUUCUGGCAAAGCUCGCUCGCAUGUUUUUGCUGGAGAGUAACCAAGCAGUCGUCCGAUGGCAGGCGCACAGUUUAUUCUUGUACCUCUACAAGAGCGUUGGAUCUGAGAGACGUCAAGCAAUUCUUAACAUCCUCUGGAGUUUGUGGUCCCGAGUUCCCUUCUAUGGGCGGAAAGCUUUGCAGUUCGUCGAUUUGAUUGGAUACUUGUCCAUCAAAAUGAAUUUGGGCCCCAUGCCGGCAAGAGAAGUCGCGUGGAAAACGGUUCAAGUUCUUCGGGGACAAAAUCAAGUGCUGAAUCGACAUCCAAAUGCAUUGUUGUAUUCGACCUUGGGAUCGCUGCUCGAAUGCGACGGUUACUAUCUCGAAUCGGAACCCUGUUUGGUGUGCAACAAUCCCGAAGUGCCAUUCCAGAAUAUCAAAUUGACAUCGAUCAAGGUGGAUUCGAGAUUUACGACAACGACUCAAAUAGUGAAAUUGGUCAAUAGCCACACCAUUUCAAAAAUCACUGUGAAGAUAACGGACAUCAAGCGAACAAAAAUGGUUCGCAUGAUCAACGUUUACUAUAAUAACAGGACUGUGCAAGCUGUGAUUGAGCUGAAGAACAAGCCAGCUAUGUGGCAUAAAGCCAAGCGCGUCGUUCUGCAACCAAAUCAGCAAGAAGUCAAAAUUGAAUUCCCGUUGCCCAUUGUUGCGUGCAACCUGAUGAUUGAAUAUGCUGAUUUCAUUGAAAACCCGCAAGCGUCCACUGAAACUUUGCAGUGUCCUCGUUGUAGUGCGAGUGUCCCUGCAAAUCCGGGAGUCUGCAGCAACUGCGGCGAAAAUGUGUUCCAGUGCCACAAGUGCAGAUCAAUCAAUUAUGAUGAGAAGGAUCCAUUUCUGUGCAACGCAUGCGGAUUUUGCAAGUAUGCCAAGUUUGAGUAUAAUUUGUCUGCCCGUCCUUGCUGCGCUGUUGAUCCAAUCGAAACUGAAGAGGACAGGAAGAAAGCUGUUCAGAACAUCAACCAGCUUUUGGAACGUGCGGAUAAAAUAUAUCAAGUGUUGGUUUCGUACAAACCAUAUCUGGAGAACUUGGUUUGCAAAGUUCUGGACCAAGGAACGGACAUUGGAGAAACUUCGGUCGCCACCCCGGCAGGAUUCAACUUCGCCCCUAGUUCAGCUUCUGGAGGCGGUGCGGCUUCCUCAGGUGCUUCUACCACUCCUGCUACUGCGAGUUCUAGUCAGUCUUAUGCCAACUCCAUUAUCAACCAAUUGGGUCAGAAGUAUUCCGGCGAUUGCCGUGCCGCAUUUGAUGAGCUGAGCUUGGUGAUUCAAAAAGUGAUAGCCUCUCGUCGAGAGCUAGUUGCUUACGACCGACAACAAAACAACGGAGAUGUCGCCGCUGGGCAUCGGCGUCCGUCAGAGUCCAUGUUGGGCUAUUACAAAGACGGAGCUAUCGAUGCAUUGGGAGGUGAAGUUGCAGAAGCCGGGAUUGAAUUGCGAUCUGCCCGUUGCUAUGGGUGUGCAUGUGCUGCUACGGAAUACUGUGUUAAACUGUUGCAAGUCCUCGCAACUGACGCGGAUUUGCGGGACGAAUUGUGUCGUUGUGGCCUCCUUCGCGAGCUUCUUGACGCCAAUUUAAAACGUGGCUCUGCUAAGUUCCGGCACGCUGUGUGCAAAUUGCUACGGCUGUUGAGCGUCGAUAGCAUUGAAGGCACUAAGCGACUCAACAAUCUGAUACUAGAUAGGGUCACUCGUGCGCUUGCUAAUCCGCAUUUGUCGUAUUCAACUGCUCUAGCUGGUUCACCCAUACGACACGAAAUAGCUUUGUUGUCCUCCUUGUUGCAAGCCAAAGACGGGGCAAUUUGCUUUCAACUGCGUGUUCAGUGUUUGAUGAAGCUGGUGAUGCUGGGAACCCAAAAUUACGACUCGCCGAUUGUCCUGGACAGUUUGUUGCAACCGUGCUUGCGUAUGUUGACAGGCCUCUGCCGUCUUCCUGUGAUAUCCAGAAAUUCGAUGGGUCAAUCGUCUGGACAUGGUGGUGAGAUGAUACUCAACAUCGGUGACGUUUUGCGUGACAAUAUUGAUGUAACGCGAAGCCCGUUCAUGCGCUUUUGUAAAAACGUGCAAAACGCAGUAUUUCCGAGUAGCAAAAGCAUUGCUGCUGGUAACGAAGGGGUGUCGAAGUCUACGAAGGCCGAUGUUCGAGCAAUGUAUUUGAUGGAGAAGUUUGGACGCCGUUGGCUCAAGAAAACCAUCAAACCCUCGUCACGUUUGGAAUUGAAGUUGGACCAAGGCUGGUUGAAGUCUGUUCUUUUCAAUCCCACCUCUGCUUCUGCCCGAAGUGCGUGUGCAAUGCUGGUUGAAAUGCUUUGGCAAACUGCUGAUUUAAUUGGAGACUCAUACUGUCGUCGACGAGAGUUGAUGAACGUGAUGACGGGAUUUUUGCCGUUGGUCGGUUCAUCUGGUGAAAGUGCCCAAGAUUUUAUCAACUUAUACCAGACGAUGGUCAAGUGCGGCACUUGGCGAUUUUACUUGGCAUUGAGAGGCAUUCUUCCAACAAUAGGCAACUUAAUUCGCAAGGAAAUCAAUCACCUCAUGAGAUUGGAGGAAACUGUUCUGUCAACUGAUCUGUCUCAGGGGUUUGCUCUCAAAUCCCUCACGGAGCUGUUGUGCCUUUUUGUGGAGAAAGAAGCGAUCAAAGCGAAGUAUAAAUCUUGUCUCGUUGCAACUGUUCUCCACGGUUAUUUGGCGUUGCGAAAGUUCGUUGUUCAGCGUACGAAACUGAUCGAUGACACUCAAGAUCGGCUCCUUCAGUUACUCGAAGUGAUUACGACGGGCACAGAAGAUGAAACCAAGGCUUUCAUGGGCGUCUGCGUGCAAACUGUUCGCAUGUACAGUCUGGAGGAUUUGCGCACCCCGGUUUUCAUUUUUGAACGCUUGUGCUCCAUAAUUUACCCCGAGGAGAACGAUGUUGGGGAAUUCUUUUUGAUGCUGGACAAAGAUCAACAACAGGAAGACUUCCUGCAAGGGCGAAUGCUUGGAAACCCCUACAGCAGCCAAGAACCAGGUUUGGGUCCUCUCAUGCGAGAUGUGAAGAACAAGAUUUGUACGGACUGCGAGCUCGUGGCGCUGUUGGAAGAUGAUACUGGAAUGGAACUGCUCGUUUGCAACAAAAUCAUUUCCCUGGAUUUGCCCGUGAAAGAGGUUUAUCGCAAAGUUUGGCUCCAAGAAAAUUCAGAUUCCGUGGACCCAAUGCGAGUUGUUUACCGGAUGCGAGGGCUUCUCGGAGACGCCACAGAGGACAUGAUCGAGCGCCUUGAAGAUAAGGAUGACCAGGAGGUUGAUAACGAGCAGGUUUACAGAAUGGCGUCCGUGUUGGCGACCAAUGGCGGCCUUGAGGUUUGCCUUGAGCGUCUCGGCGCUGUGCAUGAUUUAUCGCGUGGCCGCCCGUUGCUGGCGGUGUUGCUGCGAUUGCUCGGAUUUGCCGUGAAAACUGCCAUCAACCGUGAAAGGCUGACAGAGAAGAACAUGGGUGCCAUAACCACGAUGUUGAAUACGUUGAAAAUUUGUCUAAGCGCUACAGACCAGGAAUUGUUGGUCAGAGCACCAGGGCAACCCACCCUUGUUGAAGAGCUGCUUGAGAUAAUGGAAGUGAUUUUAUCGGAGGCGUCGAAGAAAGGACUUGGAGAGUAUGCUGAAUUCAAUGAAGUUUCGUGCGGCACGCCAGAUGAUGUCACGUUCCUGCUGAACUGGGCUGACAGCCCCGGUGUUUCAAGUUCCAUUCUGCAAAGAUUAAUGCGCGUUUUACCGCUGCUCUCGUGUGGAACAACUGAAAAGAUGACCGUUUUGACAGAACACUUCAGGCGCCUGUUUAAUUUUGAUAAUUUUGACGAUGAACAUAGCGCUGAAGACGUGAACAGGUUGGAGUUGUUCUGCGUUCUGGUGAAUGGCAUAGAGCGGAACGCUGUCGGAAAUCAAUUGAAAGAUCACUUUGUGUCGGCAAAUCUCGUCAGCGCCGCCAUAAAUUACUUCCAGCAACAUUCCCCGAAGGCUGACACCACGGUUGUUUCAACGGCAAAAGCUGACUGGCGAACUUUCUUAUCUCGACCAUCAUUGAAGUACGUUAUCCGUAUUCUUACGGGUUUGGCAAACGGUCAUCCAUCAACUCAGAUGGCAAUCGGUCGUGACAGCAUUGGCAUUUUGCACAAGCUCGAACAGGUUUCUUCUGAAGAACGUGUAGGUUCAUUGGCAGAAAAUCUUUUGGAAGUGCUGCGGCUGAAUCCGUCGCUGAAGUCAGAAGUUGAGGGAGCUCGUAAACAAACUAAAGCCGAGCGAAAGAGACUAGCCAUGGCAAUGAGGAAUAAACAGUUGGUGCAGCUGGGAAUGAAGGCUGACGAAAAAGGACAGGUAAGGGCAAAAAGCUCUCUGCUCGAGCAAAUGGGUGAAAUAGCCGAAGAGACUGGACUCGUAUGCGUAAUCUGCCGCGAAGGCUACAAGUUCCAGCCGCUGAAAGUUCUUGGUGUUUACACUUUCACGAAGAAGUGCAAUGCGGAGGAAUACGAGAUGAAGUUGCGAGCCACUCCUGCGUAUUCCACUGUCACUCACUUCAACAUUGUACACGUCGACUGUCACAUGGCAGCCGUGCGAACGACGCGGUCGCGUGACGAGUGGGAAAGUGCGAGUUUGCAGAACGCCAACACGAAGUGCAACGGGUUGUUGCCGCUGUGGGGACCAUCCGUACCAGAGUCGGCGUUCGCAGCUGCACUUGCGAGGCAUAAUGCUUACCUGCAAGAUUGCACGGGACAGAGGGAUAUUAGCUAUUCCUUGACGGUGCACGACUUGAAGCUGCUGCUUUCGAGGUUCGCAUUCGAAAGAUCCUUCAGUGAAGACAGCGGUGGUGGUGGGCCAGCGUCUAAUAUGCAUUUCGUGCCAUACCUCAUUCACAUGGCGCUUUACGUCUUGAAUACAACGCGUUGUGUUCCGAGGGAAGAGAAGAAUAUUUCGACGUUUUUGGAGCACAGUCCUACGCGCUGGGAGAAGAAUGCUUUUGAGCUUGAGAACGUGCUUUACUACUCGGUGAUGGCAUUUCUUGUGUGGCCGAAAAGCUUGUGGGUUGGGAGGCGAAUUGAAUUUUUCAAAAGAUUCAUCGUGAUGGCGAAUGCACGGCUCGUCAAGCCUGCUCAGGGACCAUCUGAAAAUGCAACUCCUGGAUCAGAAUCCCCUGCUUUAGAUUAUGCCACAAUGAAGCCAUAUAUGGUGUUUUUUGCGCUGGUUGAUGGCUUAUACAGCGAAAUGUUCAAGGGAUUAUCUUACAACGCUGAGUCGAGUCCGCAGACAUGGUCCCAGGCUUUGGCCGAUUAUAUUCGACACAACGACCAGGCUUUGGCGGACGCCUCGGAAAAGCUUCUAAAGCACUAUCAAGAAGACAUUUUACCUUGUGAAUCUUUCGGCGAACUGGUCGAUGUCGUUGGGAAACGACUGGUGCUUUCGGCGAAAAUGGAUGAAAAUGAAAUUCGGGCACAGAUUUUGCAACUGGAUCAAGGCAUUGCCGCCACUUCUGGAGAACAGCGGAAUGAAUUGUUGAGCUUGAAGGAGCAACUUCUGUCGCUGUUAUCGCUCACCGACUCAACGUCUAGUGAAAUUCCGAUCGUGGAUCCAAGCUCUUCUUCAGUCAGUCAGCAGUUGAAUGACGUUAUAUUAAAUCUGACCGGAUCGAAAGUGUCAGCUCCGUUUGCUACAACGUACGGACACAAGGUUUUUCAAAAUGCCGUCGUAACUGACGUGGAACCGACGGAUUCUGGAGACCUCAAUGACUUACAGGUUAGAGUUCUUUUUCUCCAACCGACAACAGCGAAAAUGAAGCCAUGUGAAUUCUUCCUGGAAGGCCGUUGCAAGUUUGAUGAGAAGGCUUGCAAGCAUUCGCAUGGACAUGUUGUUUCAUUUUCGGAGUUGGGAGAGUAUCACAAUCCAGAUUUUGCGUCCAUAACAAAAGGCUCUGCGUGUUUGGCCAAGACGGAUGACGGGUUGUGGCACAGGUGCAUUGUUGAACACGUGGACGAAACAGACGAUGGGGAAUUCAGCAAUUGUGCUGUGAAAUUCACGCAUUCCGGAAAAGUUGCUUCAGUUAGCAUCAACGAAUUGCAUCCGUUGAAAGCUGACGACAGUGAUCUGAAUUCUGAAGAUUCUGACUAUCGAGAAUCGGAAGUUGAAGCUUAUCGCGAGUCUCGUCCCGAAGAGCUCGAGGCAACUUACAUCUGGAAUCAUUCUUUACUGGGAACAUCUCGUUUGGGGGAAUGGGAGAAAUACACGAAGGGUAUCGGAUCUAAGUUGAUGUCAAAAAUGGGAUACAUCACGGGACAGGGGCUCGGGCGAAGAGGUGAGGGACGAGUGGAACCAAUUGCUGCUUACAUUUAUCCGACGGGCAAGUCGCUUGAUCAUUGUAUGGAGCUUGCGGCGAAAAUGGGUGACAAGGAAUAUUUCAGAUCAGACAAACGAAUGUCGAAAAUGCUGAAACGAGCACAAAGGGCUUCGGAACGGGAAAGUCGCCGAAAGGAAAACGCUGCUAAGCACGACGUUUUCAAUGUUCUGAAUAAUCUACAGAACUCGCAUUCUGGACCAGGUGAAACUUCGCGUCCGUCGAAGAAACGGGAGAUAAUGGAUUUGAAGAAUAAGUCGAAUCAAAGCCUGAAUGUGGAAAGUCUUCGUGUCGCUGAUGAGAUCUCCAAAGAAGAACGGAAUCUGAGCAAGCUGACGGAAGGGUUGAAUAGGCAUCAGGGUGCUGCCAAAACCGCGAUAGCCAGUAAAAUAUCGGACUCUCAAAAAGAGCUUUCUGCUCUUCGUUCCCGCCAAAGAAAUAUAGAGCGUGAGCAGCAGGGUAGGAAGGGAAAAGAAAAAUUGACCAUUUUUUGACCUUUGUCAGCAAUUUUCCAGGUACUCUGGAAAAAAAUCACUAUUAUGCUUUGCAUGUUAUAAUUUCAUGUGAUUCUUUUUUGUUGUGGAUACUAUUUUGAAUAUGAUACGUAUUUUCAUGAUCAUCUCAUUUAUUAAUUCUAGAUUUUGUGGGCCAAGACUUUCCAGUGUAGAUUUCUUCCGGAAAAUCCGAAUUUCUUACUUACUUUGUCAGUGCUGAAAUUUGUGUGGGUUGGAUGGAUCGCAGUCAAGUUUCCAAUCGGCGAAAUGAAAAUAAAGACGCAAACUUUAACCUC